GGUAAAAGACUCAAGAUUGCUGAUUUCGGUUUGAUGCGUGAAGUGUAUCAUGAAAUGUAUGAGGUACAGAAGCAGAAGAAACUGCCAGUUAAGUGGAUGGCACCUGAGUCCCUUUAUGAACAGAUAUUUACUUCUAAAAGCGAUGUGUGGUCGUAUGGAGUGGUUCUGUGGGAAAUUGCAACUGUUGGAGGCUCACCUUAUCCACUUCUGACUAAUGCAGAACUCAUGAGAUUUAUCAAGACCGGACACCGGAUGGAGAAACCUGAAUUGUGCUCAGAUCUAGUGUACGUAACUUGCCUCUAACUUAGUUUCGAAUGUCUCUAAGAUUAGUCACAAUGAAAAGAGAAGUAUAUCUCUUAGAAUGAUUUCAUUUUUCUUCAAUUUCCAAAAUAUUGUUAAUCAGAAAAAGACUCCGCUUACUAACCUCGUAUGUUCCCUACCUCACCGACGAGUGGUCUCCAUUUCAGUAGAGGAAUGAUAGCUUGUUCGAUCGAGAAAACUGAUUUUUUUUUGUUGAACCCCUAGCUUUUAUAGAGUUCUUCGAUCCACUUCUUACGCUUUCUCUCUUUAUAAUUUUUGUGAUAAGCUCAAGUGUAUAACUUGUCUAUUUAGCGAGAAUUAUUCGCGCUCGUUUCUUUGUUUAUUUAUUGUCUUUUAAAGAAU